GGUUCUCGGUUUUCGGUAGAAACAUAUUGUCUUUACAGCACCAUCACAUUAAUCUAAUCUAGCCAUGUUAGCAUUGCUCAUGAGUCGAACCACAUAUCUUGGCGUAAACACCAGACAUCUUAGACUUGCCUUAAAGGGCAUAAAAACUUCGGCAUGCGGAGGUUAUCUUAUUCGUGAGAUUGAGAAUUCUAAGCUCCGUAUCUGCCCAUAACUCGACGAGUAAAGACGUGCUAUGGGCCCAAAAUCGCGAAAAUAAACGUGCAUAUAAUACUUCAAAAGCCUGAAAAGAAAUUGAAACACAUUGAACAACCGAACAUGGACAAGCAAUCUGUUUUGGAACCAACAUUCAAUUCAGAUUCAGGAAAGGAGAAUACAUCACCAGAAGAAUCUGUUUUUCUAGAAAAGAAAGUAUUCGAUAGCCGUAGUGACGGUGAGGUCGACUUGACCAAAAAAAGCCGAGAUGAAUCUUUGUUAGCUAACAAUUCUCUGCCGCUCAUAUGCCGAAAAUGCUUCGAACUUGGACACAAGACCGAACACUGCAAAAACAAAAGCUCAGAAGUUGAUUCUGCUCAGAAUGAAAAGGAGAAAGUCCUUCCGGAAAAUCCGCGAGAGCGAUCGAAUUUUCUAUCGACCUUAUGCUUUUGGUAUACUAUACCCAUAUUUCGAAAGGGUUACAAAAAAACCUUGGACUCAAACGACCUUUAUAGACCCUUGGAGGAGCAGAAGUCGGAUACACUCGGCAACAAAUUGUGUGCCUCUUGGGACCAGGAACUGAAAAAUGAAGGCGGAUCCCCAAAACUGCUCAGAGCUCUGCUGCGGGUUUUUGGCUGGCAAAUCGGAGUCCGUGGUCUGGCAAUUUUUGGGGUCGAGCUGGGACUACGUACUCUGCAGCCGAUCUUCCUGGUGAAGCUCAUUUCGUACUUUUCGGGCGACUCAGGAGCUGUCGGUGUUGGCUUUUAUUAUGCAGUCGCUCAGAUCCUCGUCAGUGCCCUAAGCGUGAUGAUCUCCGCUCCAACCGAAUUCGGCAUACAUCAUGUGUGCUUUAAGAUGCGGGUGGCCAUGGGCAGCAUGAUCUUCCGGAAGGCCCUGCGCCUGACCAAGGGGGCACUAGGCGGCACUACAUCGGGCCAUGUGGUUAACCUGAUUUCCAACGACAUCACCCGCUUGGACAGUUCAUCCUACUUCGUUCACUAUCUAUGGGUGGGCCCACUUCAAGUUCUGGUCGUCACAUACCUGAUGUAUCAGCAGAUUGGAAUCGCUGCCGUGUUUGGGGUGUUGUUCAUGUUGCUCAUCAUGCCGCUACAGAUGUAUCUGGGCACUAAGACCUCUGCGAUCCAACUGAAAGCUGCCGAACGGACGGACAACCGGAUUCGGAUGGUGAAUGAAAUUAUCUCCGCCAUUCAGGUGCUGAAGAUGUAUGCCUGGGAGCAGCCCUUUGAACAGAUGGUCACUGAUGCCCGCGAAAAGGAGAUGCACACUAUUCGCCAAGGACAGUACAUACGGGGAUUCGGUUUCGCCUGCAGAAUCGCCCUCUCCCGGGUGGCCAUCUUCCUCAGUCUGGUUGGCUACGUUAUCUUGGAAAGGGUCUUAACGCCGGAAAUCGCCUUCAUGAUUACCGCCUACUACAACGUACUGCUAGGCGCCGUGUGCAUCUGCGUACCUUUGGCCAUCAUCCAGACGGCCCAGAUCCUGGCCUCUAUCAAACGCGUGGAGCAGUUUAUGCUGUCCGAAGAGCUGAAUAACCCGGACAAAAGUGAACGUGCCCCCAAGGAUGCGGCAGCAGAUCCACCCGAGACCGUUCCUCUAGAGGCAGCUAUCUCCAUUAGGGACCUAAAGGCCAAAUGGGAUGCAAAGUCACCAGACUACACGCUCAGUGGGAUUAACCUACAGAUUAAGCCUGGCAAUGUGGUGGCCAUAAUCGGACUGACUGGGUCUGGUAAGUCUAGUCUCAUGCAGGCCAUUCUCGGCGAGCUGAAGGCGGAGUCCGGCCAGUUGGAAGUAAAUGGCUCCGUGUCGUACGCCUCCCAGGAGUCGUGGCUCUUCUCCGGCACUGUGCGCCAGAAUAUCCUCUUUGGCCAGCCGCUGGAUGGCCAGCGGUACGCAGAGGUUGUAAGGAAGUGUGCUCUGGAGCGGGACUUCGACCUGCUUCCCCUUAGGGACAAUACCAUUGUUGGAGAGCGCGGAGCUUCCCUGUCGGGUGGCCAGAGAGCCAGGAUCAGUCUGGCGAGGAGUGUAUACCGGAAGGCGUCUAUCUACCUCCUGGAUGACCCACUUAGUGCAGUAGACGCCAGCGUAGCCCGUCACCUGUUCAAGCAGUGCGUGCAGGAUCACCUAAGGGGCAGCACGGUAGUUCUGGUCACCCAUCAAGAGCAGUUCCUUCAGGACGUCGAUCAGAUUGUGAUCUUGGCGAAUGGACAGAUCAAGGCUGUGGGCGACUAUGAGUCCCUACUCAAAACGGGCUUAAUCACUAGUCUGGGCAGCCUGGCAAGGACAGAUUACCACGAGGAGAAGGAAGACUUGUCCGCGCUUAAUUGCUCCAACACCACAAACGAAGUCACCCCCAUCAACGUAAACCCAGUGCAGACCAACGGAAAGUCCAGCUCGGCAAAGGAGCACGUGGAGCGCCAGGAAUCAGGUAGCAUCGAUCUGGCGCUGUACAGGAGGUAUUUUCAGGCCGGAGGUGGAUUGGUUGCUUUUCUUGUCAUGCUGACCUGCUCUGUGUUGACCCAGGUGGCCGUCACUGGAGGUGACUACUUUCUCACUUGCUGGUUAGUGAACGACAUAUUCGUUGGCUUUGUUCAGGCCAAACUCGAUCAGAACUUGCUUCAAAAAGACUGAGCUUAAUGGAAAUAUUAUCGAUUUAUUUUUAGGGUCAAGAAGGAGCGCGCUGCAGUGGCCCAAGGCGAUGUGGAGCACAUGGACUCGAAGAGCAUGGAUUCAUUCAAAUACACGCUGUUCAUAAUAUUGUCCGUUAUCAUGAGUUUGUCGUCCUCGAUUCUGUUGUUCAAUAUCGCCAAGAAGGCGUCUAUUCGAUUGCACAACAACAUAUUCAAUAGAGUUUCCCGAGCUUCCAUGCAUUUCUUCAGCCUGAACAAGCACGGCAGCAUCCUAAAUCGCUUUACCAAGGACAUGAGCCAAGUAGACGAAGCGCUUCCCGUGGUCCUGGUGGAUGUGUUGCAGAUUGCGCUUUGGCUAACUGGAAUACUCAUCGUUAUAGCCAAUGCCAAUCCUCUGCUGAUUGCUCCCACUCUUAUUAUGGCCGUAAUAUUAUAUCAUCUGCGCAACUUGUAUCUGAAGACCUCGAGGGACUUGAAGCGCAUAGAAGCUAUAAAUCGGUCUCCAGUUUACUCGCACUUGGCUGCCUCACUCAACGGCCUAACAACCAUCCGAGCCUUGGAGGCUCAGCGCGUUCUGGAGAAGGAGUUCGAUAAUUACCAGGAUGCGCACAGCUCGGCAUUCUACAUGUACAUAAGUACCUCGGUGGCUUUUGGUUAUUGCAUGAACUGCAUAUGCGUGAUUUACAUAUCAAUCAUCACGCUCAGUUUCUUUGCCUUUCCGCCGGGCAACGGAGCUGAUGUGGGUCUGGUCAUAACACAGGCCAUGGGACUGAUUGGCAUGGUUCAGUGGGGAUUACGCCAAUCCGCCGAGCUGGAGAACACCAUGACAGCCGUGGAGCGAGUGGUAGAGUACGAGAGCAUUGAGCCGGAAGGGAUAUUGGAAGCGCCGGAUGACGAGAAGCCGCCCAAGUCUUGGCCAGAGCAGGGAGAAAUCGUUUUUAACGAUCUAAGCCUUCGCUACACACCAGAUGCGAAGACGGAGAACGUGCUCAAGUCACUCAGCUUCGUCAUUCAAGCCAGGGAAAAAGUGGGCAUCGUGGGUCGCACUGGGGCGGGUAAGUCCUCGCUCAUUAACGCCCUCUUCCGACUCUCCUAUACCGACGGAUCCGUGCUCAUUGACAAGAGGGACACGAGCCACAUGGGUCUGCACGAUCUGCGCAGACAGAUCUCGAUCAUACCCCAAGAGCCCGUGCUGUUCUCCGGCACCAUGCGAUACAACCUGGAUCCGUUCGACGAGUACAGCGAUGAGAAGCUGUGGGGCUCCCUGGAGGACGUGAACCUGAAGGAUGCGGUGACGGAGCUUCCUGAGGGCUUGGCGAGCAGAAUCAGCGAGGGCGGAACCAAUUUCAGUGUCGGUCAGCGCCAGUUGCUCUGCUUGGCCAGGGCCAUACUGCGUGAGAACCGCAUUCUCGUGAUGGACGAGGCCACUGCCAAUGUGGAUCCGCAGACAGAUGGCCUCAUCCAAGCCACCAUUCGCAGCAAGUUCAGGGAUUGCACUGUUCUGACGAUUGCUCAUCGGUUGCACACAAUCAUUGAUUCCGACAAGGUGAUGGUUAUGGAUGCUGGAAGUGUUGUGGAGUUUGGAGCGCCCUAUCAACUGCUGACUAAUUCGGAUUCCACGGUGUUUCACAACCUGGUCAAUCAGUCCGGUCGAGACACCUACGAAGGACUGCUGAAAAUCACCAAGGAGGCAUUUGAAUCAUCCCAAAGCCGCAAUUCUUGCUCGUCCAACUGACCUGUU